AAAAAGGAAAACAAAUAAAAAAUGUUUAAAAAAUAUUUAUGCGUUUUUAGACACAUUCAAAAAUCAUAAAUUUAACAAGACAUUUUCAAAUAUUUCAGCCUCUAUUACAAAACAGUGUUAGUAGGGCACUAAAUCAUAUAAAUAUAUAUUUUAAGAGUUACCAAGGGAAUACUAAGACUAAUUGUCUGUCUUAAUGAAAUGUAGACACCAAAAGGGACACGUUCCUUAUUUUUAUUAAAUACAACAGCCUCCCCAGAGGCUCAAUAAUGGCCCAUUAUUUGCUCUGCAGAAAUGAAAACCAUCUCGGUCACCAUCUAAACUACUGCAGUGAACUGCGGCUGCUUUACCCUAACUAAUGACCUUCUUGCGAGGGCAAGAUGGUGGAAAAGUUUGAGAACGCAGUGAUCUUUUUUUUAAAGUAGCCUCCAUGUUUAGCAUGUGGGUCAGCUUUUUAUCUGCAAGCAGACAAAGGAGUGUCCUGAUUUUGAGAGUUCAAGGCGAGACGGAGUGAAAGUGGGAUGUGUGAUUGUGAGUUUAGGGACAUGAAAACCAGGUGGUUCCCAACGGCUUUGUGUUAUUUCAAGAAGCUUCGCUUCUCUGAGCUUUCGACCUAAAUUAGUCCAUUUCUACCCAGAUAAAAUUAUGCUUACUACGUUUGAACUUGCUUCGUCACGCUUCAAAUGUCUGUAAAGAUUGUGUCUUUGAUGCAGGAGAUGUUGAAGGAUGAGGUGCGGACGCUGACGUACCGGAACGCCAUGUACCACAACAAGCACGUGUUCAAGGAUAAAAUCGUCCUGGAUGUUGGCAGCGGUACAGGCAUCCUCUCCAUGUUCGCGGCCAACGCUGGUGCCAAACACGUGUACGGG